AUGUCUUCAUUUUUACAGAAGUUACCUGUCAAGGCCAGAAUCCAACAAUUAAAGGCUCUCAGUGCCUCGAUUUUCCAGGAAAAUUGGAACCCUGCCAAUGCCAGAAACGGCUCCAAGUUUCUCCGUAAAGAAUUGAAAGGUCCAGAAGUUGUGAAAUAUUACGGUGACAAUAGUGCUGUUCCAACCUUCAGCGACUUCAAGAAAUGGUUCCCUGAGUUGAACUUAACAGAUCCAAGAGAAGUAUACAGAUUGAAGAUGGUAGCUGAUAGAAAGAGAAGAAAUAAGGGUGCGCCAAAGAAGAAGAAGGAGGCCGCAAAGAAGAAGAAAUAA